AGCAGCUGGAACUAAAACUGGGAUCCAUGUGGGAAGCCCGUGCCACAAGCAGAGGCUUAGGCUGAAACACCAUGGCACUGCCCCAUUAAAAAAAGGUCCAUGUGUGUUGGCCAUGACAAAUGUUUUUUUGUCGUGGCCACUACAGUGUGCCCUGUCACUGAAGGCUGCUGGUCCAGUGGCAGUCUGUUCUGACCUUCUUGCAAACCUUGAACACAGCUCUUGUCCCUGGUGGGCUAAGCCCUGAUGUCUGCAUGGCCAGGUUGACAGUGCACUAAGUCCUCUGCCCCUUAUCCAGUGCCUGCCUCUUUUCUGCCCCAGAGUUCUCUGUUCCACAGAACACAGCCCUGCAGGUGAACACAUUUGUGAAUGGGUUCCUUGUAGCCUGGAGCAUUUCCUGAUGCCCUGUGUUGGUAGAAAUGAAAGCUAGCAAUCUCAGUCUCUUGGAAUCAUAGAAAUGGGAAAAGCAACUCAACUUGGAGAUUGUAUCCCCCAAACAAAGGGCCACCGGGCAGGCGGUGGAAAUAUAUCCGUCUUUUGAAUCACACUCUUUCUUUUUUUUUUCCAUUCUGAGAUGUCUUUGUUUACAGGACACAUCACUGAGAUCAGGGGCUACAGUGGUGUGUUUGAGGUGGUGUGAGCGUCAGGAACACAGCAGCCAUGUCUCUCGAUGACAUUAAGAUGAAGUCCAGCGACUUGCUGGAGAAGGAGGACCUGGACGGCGGUGGCUUCGGGAAGGUGUCUCUGUGUUUCCACAGACUGCAUGGACUGGUGAUCCUGAAGAAGGUGUACACAGGACCCAAGCGCACCGACUACAACGAGUCUCUGCUCGAGGAAGGAAAGAUGAUGUACAGGCUGAAGCACAGCCGGGUGGUGGAGCUGCUGGGUGUCAUCAUAGAAGACGGAAACUACUCCCUGGUGAUGGAGUACAUGGAGAAGGGCAACCUGAUGCAGGUGCUCAAAGCCAAGAUCAGUAUCCCGCUUUCUGUAAAAGGAAGGAUCAUUGCAGAGACCAUUGAAGGGAUGUGCUACCUGCAUGGAGAAGGCGUGAUACACAAGGACCUGAAGCCCGAAAAUAUCCUCGUUGAUAAUGACUUCCACAUUAAGAUUGCUGACCUGGGAGUGGCCUCCUUUAAGACCUGGAGCAAACUGACUAAAGAGGAGCACAACGAGCAGAGGAAGGCCAACAGCGUCUCCAAGAAGAACGGCGGCACGCUGUACUACAUGGCCCCCGAGCACCUGAACGACGUCAACGCCAAGCCCACCGAGAAGUCGGACGUGUACAGCUUUGCCAUCGUGCUCUGGGCGAUUUUUGCCAAUAAGGAGCCUUACGAAAAUGCCAUCUGUGAGCAGCAGCUGAUACUGUGCAUCAAGUCCGGCAACAGGCCCGACGUGGACUGCAUCAUCGAGCACUGCCCGAGGGAGAUCAUUGCCCUCAUGCGGCUGUGCUGGAAGGAGGACCCGAGAGCACGCCCCACAUUCCCAGACAUUGAAGGAAAUUUUAAGCCUUUUUAUUCAACUAAUUUGGAAGAAAAUGUGGAAGAGGAUGUGAAGAGUUUAAAGAAGGAUUACCCGGAGGUGAAUGCGGUCGUGAAGAGGAUGCAGUCUCUCCAGCUUGACUCUGUGCCCGCGCCUGCCAGCAGAUCCAACUCCGAGCAGCCCCACUCCCUGCACAGUUCCCAGGGAUUCCAGACGGGGCCUGUGGAGAUGACCUUCGCGUCCCUGUUCUCGGCCUCCCCCGAGCACCUGCAAGAAGACAACCAGCCGAGCCUGCAGAGUAAGCUCCAGGAGGAAGCCAACUACCAUCUUUACGGCAGCCGCAUGGACAGGCAGCUGAGACCGCAGCUCCGGCAGAGUGUGGCUUACAGCAGGGAGGAGGAGAGGAGACGGCGGGUUUCCCAUGAUCCUUUUGCACAGCAGACACCUUAUAAGAACAUUCAGAACCCAGGCCUCCAAGUGCCGAGUUACCUCGGUGCGGCCAAUCAAUGCAAUAUGCUCCACCAGCCGAUGAGACUCAACAGCCAGUCCCCACCACCAUGCUGGAACAAUGGGUUCUACAAUCUGUACGGUUUGGGAACGAGGCCGUUGGACCCAGGGACAAUGGGUUCUGUUUGGUAUGGAUCUACUGGAAGCCAAAUUCAAAAUCAACAUAAAACUCCAGUGCCUGAGACCAACUUACUAGGAAAUACACCCACCAUUCCAUUUAACUCCUUGACACCAGCAGAGGAGUCUAUAAAAUGCACCAUCUACAACAGCAGUGGUAUCCAGAUCGGAGCCUGUAACUACAUGGAGAUUGGCGGGGAGCUCUCAUCACUGUCAGACGGCUUGCACACAAACCCACAGGAGCCAGCUUCGAAGUACCAGGCCGUCUUUGAUGAUACCACCAGUCUGACUGAUGCCCACCUGAGCCCAGUCAGGGACAACCUGGGGAAGCAAUGGAAAACCUGUGCCCGCAAGCUGGGCUUCACCGAGUCUCAGAUCGACGAAAUCGACCACGACUAUGAGCGGGAUGGACUGAAAGAGAAGGUUUACCAGAUGCUCCAAAAGUGGCUGAUGCGGGAGGGCACAAAGGGUGCCACUGUGGGCAAGCUGGCCCGUGCCCUCUACCAGAGUGACAGGAUAGGCCUCCUCAACAAACUGGUCCACCUAAGCCAGAAGUAACCCUGCAGGGCUCCGCUCCCCUGGGAAGAGCUGCCGGCAGUCCUGUUCUCACCCACAUGACUUCCGCAGUCAUUUCCUGCCUCCAGAGCUGCGGGAGCUCUCCCGCAGCACAGGGAUUCAGGAAAACAGGAAGAAGCCAUCCCGGCCGGGGCAGCCGCCCCACCAAAACGGAGAGGGGGAUGCUGGAGGAGGGUCGUGCUCCUUCGGUUCAUGCCACUGCUUCAAUUAUACUAAUCAUUCCGUUUCUUAGCGUUGGAACAAGUGAAAAAAUCAGUCCACGCAGGCCUCUGUGACCAGCAGGGGAUGCCGAGGGUCCGUGCUGCCCACCAGGGAGCUCUGUGCCCUCCAGGAGCAAACCCUGAAUCGCUCACUACAGGCUCCGGGGAGUGCACGUGACCGCCGGGCCAUUCUGUGAAUCGCUAAAUUAACCAAGGGUAUUUUAUGAAAUACUGAGGAGGCGGGGUGGGGGGAAGUCGGGAAACCCAUCAGAGUUUCUUAGGCAAUUGUUGCAAACAUGUAGUACUAAUUGUGAAUGCCACAAAAAUGCUUAAUUAAUUUGGUAA